GGAAGCACUGCUCCCGGAUUAUCUUAUUUCCCACCAUCCUCCGCGAGAAGAAUAGGGUGAUAUUUUCUGUGUUCCUGUUGAGUACCGGUGUCGUUACAACGAGAAUCAGUAGAGUUGCCAUUUUUUUUCUGUUCCUCGUCUUUCAUGGGCCUGUGUUCGGGUUAACGUCCACUUUUCCCGGCUGCGUCUUGUAAAUCCCAACUCCCCUUUGUAGGUUCCUGUGGUACCUUCACUAUGUCGUUCCCACCUCCACUCAACCGCCAGCCGCUGAGCAUCCCACAGCUGCCCCCCGGCCUCCCGCCGCCCCAGUUUGCAACCUUCGGCCCGACUGUCCCACCAGGUACUCCCAUGAUACCAGUUCACAUGGGUGUCGUGACCCCCACUCCCACAGUUCUUGUCCCAACCACAGUUUCUGUUGCACAGAAAGCCAUGACCCCAAAGAGGGAGCCCGCCGGCAUCCGAGCCCGGGAGGCCGAGGACGGCCCCACCACCACCGUGUUUGUGGGCAACAUCUCGGAGAAGGCGUCCGACAUGCUGGUCAGGCAGCUGCUAGCCAAGUGUGGCAUUGUUCUAAGCUGGAAGAGAGUCCAAGGUGCCUCUGGGAAACUUCAAGCAUUUGGCUUCUGCGAGUACAAGGAGCCGGAAUCCACACUGCGCGCCCUGCGACUGCUGCACGAAUUGCUCUUAGGUGAUAAGAAACUGCUGGUCAAAGUCGACGCAAAGACGGAGGCCCAGCUAGAAGAGUGGAAGGCCAAGAAGAAGAGCGCCAAUGGCGGAGCCAGCGGCGACUCCAAGGACGAAGACGAGGUUCUGGAUGAGGAGACGGUGCAUCGGGAUCAGGCCGCAAAGGGGGCGAUUGAAGUCCUCAUAAGAGAAUACUCCAGCGAGCUCAGCUCGUCCUCGCAGGACUCUGAUGCUCAGUCCCGCAAGAAGAGGAGAGACAAGAAAGAAGAGGACGACAUCGCCGACAUGGAGCUGGAGGAUGACAAGAGAGACUUGAUUUCCAGAGAGAUCAGUAAAUUCCGGGACACACACAAGAAAUUGGAGGAGGAGAAAGGCAAGAAGGAGAAGGAGCGCCAGGAUCUGGAGAAGGACCGCAAGGACAAGGACCGAGAGCGCGAGCGUGAGAGGGAACGCGAGAGGGAGCGACGCGACCGCGAGAAGGAGAAGGAACGCGAGCGGGACAAAGAGCGGGAGCGGGACAGAGACCGGGAACGGGACCGAGACAGGGACAGAGAGAGGGAGAGGGAAAGGGAAAGGGAAAGAGAGCGGGAGCGAGAACGCGAACGGGAGAGGACGAGGGAGCGAGAGCGGGAGAAGAGCCGAGACAUCAGCCAAGGGCGAAGUCACUCCAGAGAAAGGCCCAGGGAGGACAAAAAGCGAGAACGCGACGAGGAUGACGAGGACGUGUACGAGCGCCGGAGACUGGAGAGGAGACUCCGAGACAAGGAGGCCGCCUACCAGGAGCGUCUGAAGAACUGGGAGAUGCGAGAGAGGAAGAAGUUGCGGGACUACAGCAAGGACACGGAGCGGGAAGAGGAGCGCUGUCGUGAAACGAUGAAAGAAGCCAAAAGACUCAAAGAGUUCCUGGAGGACUAUGACGACGAGCGAGAUGAUCCUAAAUACUACAGGGGCAGCGCCCUGCAGAAGCGACUCCGCGACCGAGAAAAGGAAUCGGAAAUGGACGACCGAGACCGGAAGAGGGAAAAGGAGGAGCUGGAGGAGAUCCGACAGAGGCUUCUGGCCGAGGGUCACCCGGACCCCGAUGCUGAGCUGCAGAGGCUGGAGGAGGAGGCAGAGCGCAGACGGAAGCCUCCUCUGAAGCUGGAGCCUGAGGUGAAAGUCAAGCCGGAGAAGUCCCACCGGGAUCGGGAGAAAAGAGCAUCGGCAAAGCCCGCAGAGCCGGCGCCGGCGCCUCGAGAGCGGCGGCACCACUCGGACGAGGAGGUAGCGGAGCGGCGGCGGCCAGAGGAGGAGGAGGAGGAGGAAAAGGUGGAGGAGGAACAGCAUGCCGCCCACAAUGGUGGGGAUUCGCCAGAGGCUAAGCUGCUCCUCAAACCCCUCAUGCGACCAAUCAAUACCGCUCCCUCUGUGUCCUCUGCCAGCGGGAAUGCCACCCCAAACACACCUGGCAACGACUCCCCCCGCGGCAUCAUCAUUCCAGGCGAGAACACGCCUGAGGUGCAACCUCUCGAGGAGCACCGGCCCAAGAUCGGCCUUAGUCUGAAACUGAAUUCCACCAACAGCCCCAGCCAGCUCAACGCUGUCAAGCGAAAGAAACUAGCCGCGGUGGAGAGCGUUUUCAAUAAGUUUGACGAAGAGGAGGCCGACGAGCAGCCUCGCAAGAGGAAGCUCGUCCCCCUCGACUACGGCGACGACGACAAGAACCUCGGCCUGGACGGAGCGGAGAUCUCGGCGGCAAAAGGCGGCGCCAACACCGAGGAGAAGCGCAAGAACAUCAGGAGCCUUAUCGAGAAGAUCCCCACCGCCAGGCCGGAGCUCUUCUCCUACCCCCUGGACUGGUCCAUGGUGGACUCGACGCUGAUGGAUCGCCGCAUUAAACCGUGGAUCAAUAAGAAGAUCAUUGAAUACAUCGGGGAAGAGGAAGCCACGCUGGUGGAGUUUGUUUGUUCAAAGGUGAUGGCACGCAGCACUCCUCAGGGUAUUCUUGACGACGUGGCCAUGGUCCUGGACGAAGAAGCGGAAGUCUUCAUAGUGAAAAUGUGGCGACUGUUGAUAUACGAAACGGAAGCCAAGAAGAUCGGACUGGCAAAGUAAGCGCCGAGCUUCCCUCCGACCCGCUUCAGCUCGCAGUCGUGCGGCUUGCAAACCCGAAGACUCCUUGCGUCGCGAAGGGAGCGUCGGCGUGAGCUGUGAACACUUUUUUGGCGGCGGCGUAUUGCAUGGGAAAAAGUUCAGUUGUAUUUUUGUUGAGGCUAUAUAUAAGAAGAAAUUGUAUUUUACCAUCUGUUCUCCAGUAAUUCAGCCAUGUUGAAACACUGCUCACUUGUGUGACCUAAUAAAUCUUUUUUUUUUUUUAAAGAAAA